UGAAAACUUGUCUAAGGACUCAAAUUUUCUAUCUGGCCUUGCACGAGAACGUGUCUCUGAAUCUAAAAUUCUUGUUUUUAAAGUUUCGACCAUUAGAUUAAUCCAAUGACUGAUUUUACUAGAGAGAUAGAAGGGGUGGUAGAUGGAGGAUACGUGUGCAUUAUGUUAAUGUUCUUUCCAACAAUUCAUUCAACUUUUGUCCACUUCUAUAUUUUGGAUAAAUGUAAUCAAUGACAACCAACCACCUAUUGGAUGUACUAUGUUAUGUAAGAUAUUAAUUUGUGGUUAGAAUUAAAUGAGGAAUCUAUUCAUCUAGAUAUUCAAACUAUACAUCCAAAACUCAUUAACAUGUUAAGGAUUACAUCAAAACUCUUUCUUUUUGCACCAAACUUCACUUCCUCAUCUUAUUAUUGUAAAAACAAUGGUUGCUUUUGCUACUCUUCAAGGCCUUCAUGGCUCUCUCCUACGAUCCCAAUUCCUAGGCCAAGAUCACCACUUCACUCUCAUGAAAUCUUCAACAACACAUCACAGAAAACCAGCUUCUCAACUACAACCACGUGCUGAAUUCAACAUACUAAAAAUGAUGGGAGGAAGAGGAUUAUGCAAUGGAGAAAAAGGACUUGAACAAGAGCUGAAAAGGCAAGUUGAUAAAGAAGAAACAACAUCAUCCAAUGAAAAAGUGCAAGAAAACUCAGAUGGAUCAGAAAAGUUGACUAGUGAUAUUGUUGCAAUUCCAGAAGAUGGUUUUGAGAAGGAAAUGAUGGGGCUAACUGGAGGGUUUCCUGGUGGUGAAAAAGGGUUGAUUAAGUUCAUUGAGAAAAAUCCACCUAGGAAUUCUUCUCAGCCUUUUACUAAUGAAGAAAGAAAUCAAAGUCUUGUUGAAGAAUCCAAAGCAACAUAGUUCAACUCUCUUUCUGUCCACUUUUAUUUGAUGUAUAUGUUUUCCCAUAUGAUUUCUGACAAUUCAAACAUGGAUGAGGUUGAGGUGAGACAAGAUUUUUGUGGAGAGUAAUAUUCUUUUCUCUUUUACUGGUAUCUAUGUAUCUAGGUUCUUUCUAAUUAUAUAGGUUAUGUUUUGCUUAACAUUGUUCAAUGUUAAUAGGACAUUUUUUUUAA